AUGAGCCGGAAAAUAGGGCCGCGGUACGUUAGCAAUCUGCGCGUGGGAAACGUUGGGCGGCGGAUAGUUACCACCACGGCCGCCCACCUGACGACCUCGGCUCUCCGGGGGGGAAGGAUCGUAUCCACCAUACCCACGCCCCCCAGAGUUGCGCCCCUGCAGUUGUCCUCCAGCUUCGGAUCCUAGCCCACGCGGCGGUCCCGGCAGCGCUGGAGAGUGACCCCCACUCCAGCCCGCACCUUGUUCAUUUUGGUACGGCUGCUGUCAAGAUGGGCCACCAACCAUCCGCCCCGAGUCUUGAGCUCCGCCUCGAGGGAAGACCGACCCCUGGGCCUCCCGCCUCCCCCUCAUGUACGCGCAGAACUCGUUGUAGUGGGCGAGUAAUUCGUGGCGUAACUUGCGACAUUCGGAGGUCUCGUGGGUGCUGUUGGGGCCGUGGAGCUGGCAGAAGUGCGAUGGCUGUUGCUGAUGUGGCUGCACCGACCCCUGUGGUUGCUGGAGUCGAUGUCCGCCUUGCUCCAAUCCUGCAGCGGCUGGUUUCCCCGCCCCGCCGCCCCGGCCCACGCCGGCAGCGACAAGGGCCUGCCUCAUCUCUUCCUUCCCCUCUCCAGCUCUCCGCUCGUACCUCAGCUCGUGCUCUUCCAACCUCAGCAUCUCCUGCAUUGUAGCCCUCGACAACAUCGAAUCAAACAGAAGACGGUCUUUAGUUUCCUCAAACCUUGGGAGAAAUCCCCGGACGAUGUGCCUGCACAUCGAUUUUUUAUCGCUGUUAUCACCAUUCGAUCGAAGUCUCAUCCACAGCGCAACGGCCCUACCGUAAUAGUCCAUAAGACUCGCUCCUUGCCUCCGGCCUAUUACGUUUCAUGCGUCGUCAAGAGUUUGUCGCUCCUGACUCUUGUCUUGGCUGUAUUGUUCGAGAAACACGCGGUACCCUGCUUGAGGUGAUUCUGAUGCCAAGAUUUGGGCUUGUACGGGUUGUGCUGUGAUCUUUGCUAGCAUAAACGUCCAAAUCUUCCUGGAUUGCUUCACUCUCUCCUCUCCGAACGUGCUCCUCAACCAGUUCAAAUCCACAACAGGAGCUGCCCCAACAGGGACCUCUGAACUCCUCAUCACACCAACAAGUCCCUCACUCUCCAGGCACGCUUCAAAAGCACUCGUGAACACUCGCAGUGCGACUUCGAUCGAUCUGUUCUUCAGAUAGUCAUCCCUCCAUGCUGGUACAUCUAUCAUUUCUCUCUGCCUCAGUUCUAAAAUCUGGUUGCUAGACGUGCCUGAGUGGGCACGGUGCCCCUGGUCAUGAGUUGAUGUCGCGAAGGCCUGCUUGAAGAGGUCAACCAGCUCACGCAUCGUGUCGCGCUGAUCUUCCCCUCCUGCCGCUCGCGCACCCCCUCGGUCUCGUGCAUCGUUGACGAAGAAAUAAUCGCUCCCUCUUCCGUCCGCGACGCCUUCCCCGGGGGCAGGGACAGCCUGACCUGAUCCCCCGGAGGUUGUCUUCCGUCUCCGUCCGGCAUGUUAGACACGGCGAUAACUCUCUUGAUCGUUACGCUAGCGUGUUGAGUAGCUUUGUGCGUCGGUGCCUUGGCGCGCGGGGUCCCUUGGGUGGGAAAUAAAAAAGCCAGCGGCGCGGUAGCCGCCAACGGUACAGUGUAGGAACUAAUGGGCGUGACAGCCUUCUACUUUGGGGUGGAGCGUGAUGGCUCGGGUAUGGUAUCUCUGGAUGUGGCGUGGAAGCCUGGUGACGUGAUAGUCGUGGUGUAAAGGAAUAUGUAAGGACGUUGAUGUCCGGAAGGCGUGAUCGCCGAGUGGCGUGAUAGCCAGGAUUGGCGUGGAAGUCGUGGCGUGAUAGCCGUGGAAGCGUGGUAGCCGGGGAAAAAGGAAUUAAAAUUUAUUGCACACAGGAAGGAGGAAAAAGAGGAAAAAAAUAACAAGUGAGAAACCACAACACACAAUCACCAUAUCCGUUGUAGACACACACAUACCCCCACCCUCAAUCCUGUAAUAUAUGGCAAAGUUGGUACCAUCAAAUCGAAUCCAAAGCAACUGCUGAAUCCCCAAACUCCCCGCUCCACCUGCUCGGAAAUUUCUUGCUUGCAAUAAUCUGUCGAUGCUGUGAGUACGUCAAACACUCAGCUCCGAUCACUUUGCGUGUCAAAAGAUCGCCGUUGUGCCUCGGCUAAGAGCAAAAAACAUACAUAGAGACCAGCAGGGCGACACAGGNGUCGGUGUAGGCAGCAAUGCCCAUCUCAUCUUUGUGCGCGGAGGCAGACGUCAUCAGAAAGGUGGACGGGCACUAUGUACACGGCCCUAGGUUUGCUAGAGGGAGCUGUACUGUCUCAGUAACCUGGUUUUGCCAUCAAAGGAGGAGGGGACAGGUGGUGACGAGCUGAUUGGGCUGGUUGACCCUUCGGCGCGAGAAUUUUCAGACCAAGAACCGUAAGUGCAAUGAGAGGGAGAAAGCGAGGAACCGACUGGGAAGGACAGCAACGAGAGCGUGUAAGAAGCGGAGCGGGUCGAGUUUGGUCGUGCUAGGACUGGCCACAGCGGCACCGGAGCAGCGGCACCGGAGCAGCGGAACCGGAGCAUGCGGACGGCAUCGAACCGUGGCGCACGGACAAACAUCUCUUGUGUAGUCAAUUUUUUCCCGUUUUUUUCCUGAAAAUAGGUGUUGGGUGUGUGUGAUGACGUCAGUCACUGGUUUUAUAGAGAGACGUGGCAGAGAUGGCGCGGAUAAC